GCCAAGACCCAUUCCUAUUGCUGAAAACCCUUCAGCUUCUCUGGACAAAGGAAGAGAUGGAGAAGCUCAAGGAAGAAAUCAGGCGGGGCUUUGCAGGCCUGGAGGACCCACUGGCAGGACUCCUGGAGAUGCUGGAGGGCAGCAGUGACUGGAAGGGGAAAGGGCAUUCCCUGGGGUAUUACAUCACCACGGAGCUGGACCUCUGGAUAAAAGAGCAUCCUGCUGUUCAACAGUCUGGCAUCAAGCUGAAGAAGCUGCAGGCUCGUGUACUUGGAAUAUUAGCCCAGUGCCCAGCUAAUCUUCUUGACCCUCUGAUUAGCAUUUACCAGCUCCAUACAGCAGACCGGAACUAUUUGCUUGAACAUGUCAGUCAUCUUUAUCACAGGGGCGAUUACAAAGAG